AUGUCCUCUCCGCCGCGGACGCCCACCCACAGGCCGGCAUCGUCCCACCGCCGACACCCCUCUAGCCUCGAUAUGGCACAUUCCAGACGACAGUCAUUCAACCGCCCCUCCUCCAGAUCCGGUUACUCGCCCAUAACACCACGCUCGUCGCACGAAUUUGAUCAUGGCAGUCCCGCGCAACACCUUGACGGAGCCAGGGAUAAUGGUGGGGGGUUGGGCAAUCUGGCGGACGAGCUGGGUGAAUGGGGCAGCGAGGACGAGGAGAUGGACAGCGAGUUUGGGGAAGAGCUGGAGCAGCCACAGGGAGACGCAACAAGUAUCGGCACAGCUGUAGAACACGACGGGUCAACGGGGGUUCAGGGUGUGGUCGAUUCGAAUGGGGUGAGGGAUAGUGGGGUUGCGUUGCAUAGCUCUCCUUCGACACAACCGAGAGCUACGCUGAGCCCAAGCGCGGCAAUCAAGUCAAAAAAACAUAACAGGCAACGGUCACUGUACGACGGGUCAGACUAUGGGGACGAUUCAGAUCUCGAGAACGAUGGCAUCACACCGGCCCUCGAGGCGCGCAUGGCAGCUGUCGAGAGUCUGGCACGGAGAGGCAUGGAAGAGAACGGCAGUGCGUCAGACGAAGUCGUUAAGCGCGUCACAGAACACCUGCGCGAUCUUGGGAGCCAAAUCGCCAUCGAGAACGGAGCAACACGUCUCAAAACCGCCCACGACUCACUAACAACCCACCUCACCCACCAAUCGCGCGUCCUCACCUCCCUAACUGCCUCCUUCACCGGCCCCCGCGCCAUAAUCCCCUCUCCAGACGCAAUCGAAGAGCUCCUCCCCCUCGUCGAACAAACCCUCCAAUCCCUCCCACACAGCUCCACGGACUCAAUAAUAUCCCUCUCUCACCUCACACUCUCGACACGCGAACUCCUCCAACACCUCUCCAACGUCAGCGACACACUGCACAUGUCACGUCAAACGACCACGAACGCGGCGCGAAGGUUGCGAACGAGUAAAGAGCAAUUACACGAAUGGAAGCGCGAGGCCGAACGCACAGCCGAAGGACGCGAAUUCAUCGAGCGCGGGGACUGGGACAGGCGACUACGCGAGCGCGAAGCGAAGCGGGCGUGCGGAGAAGUAAUGUCGGGGUUCGAGGAAGCAUGCGGACUGUGGAGGAAGAGGUUGUGUGAGGGGUUGGGUGUGGCUAGUGCGUAG